AUGGAAGAUGAAUGGACUGGUUCUCAUGUUUUAUCUGUGAGCAUCUCAAAGCUGACUGAGUCUGACUCUGGACAGUACAGCUGUGGUUUGGGUGGAUCUUCAUCAUCAGCUUCACUCACACAGUUUGUGAUCGUUGUUGCUGAAGCACUGCUGGAUGGAAACGAUGAUCAGCUGAAACACUUUGAUAAAGAAACUGGAAGCUCUCUCACAGUCGGAUGUUCCUUUAAUCAACCUGGAAACACAAAGUUGUUCUGCAGGGGAAAAUGUGGACAAGGCGACGGUCUUGUUCAAACAGAUGAUGUCAAAGCUCAGAGCGGCAGAUACAACAUUGGAUAUGAUUCAGGAGUUCUGUAUGUGAGCAUCACACAGCUGACCAAGUCUGACUCAGGACGGUACAGAUGUUACCUGAGUGGAUCUUCCAGCAGUUCAUUCAGAGACUUUGAGGUCACUGUCACAGACGCAGCUGGACCAUCAGCCACGACUACAGGAAGCUGCACACCUUCAUUAACUUUGACUGGAAGCACUGAGCAGCCUGAAAGAGCAGCAUCUGCAGCUGCAGAUGUGCUGCUGGUUGUGGGUCUGACUCUGGCUCUCAUCAUCAUCCUGUUAUCAGUGUCUGUGCUGAUAUUCUGCAAGAAAAGAUCCUCUAAACCAAAGGAUCCUCCUGUGGAAACCGAGCAGGCUGCUGUCACAGAGGAGGGAGACGACUCAAGCAAACUCACCUACUCUGAGGUGAAUUUUUCCAAGAGGACUUUUGGCUCUCCCAACGGAGCCUCGAGUGGUAACACUGGUGAAGUUAUCUACUCUGCGCCUCGGGUCCAUGUGAGCUCUGAUGUCAGAGAUGAUUCGCUGUACUCGAGUGUAGCUUAGCUUCAAGCUGCUGCUGCCACGUUUCUCUGUGAAGGGACCAGAGGAAGCUCUCAGUGUAAAUAAUCUGAUUCACACCAAAAUCUGUUUGAAUGGGAUUUUAUUUUAAUGUAACAACAGGACCGUGACAACAUUUGAUUGGUCAGAUGCUGUGAUGUCAUAGCUUUGUAAAUUAUGGUCACUGAGGGAUUUUGGUGUUUUGAAGUUGAGCACAGGUCCAAUCAGUGAUCCUGUGGCAGUAAAGUGACUCAGUGAAGAUGCAGGGAAAUCUGUCAGACAGCUGAUCUGCACAGUUCUUAAGUUUACUGAAAACAUUUUCAGGAUCAGAGCUUUUCCUCUCCUUCAGUCAUUCGAGGAGUUAAAAAACUUUCUUCCUGUCAUGUACCAUGUACACACACAGUUCUUUGCUAAAUCUAAAGUAUUGAAAUAAUUCUUUAAAAAAAGAAAAACUUCUUGUCUUUCACAACUUCAGAGUCACACGAGUGAAGAAAAUGGGGAAGUGUUCAGACUGCAUGCUCAGCUUUGUGUCAGUUUAGCAAGAUUAACUUCCUUGAUUAGCUUCUGCAAAGUGUCAGGCCGCUGUUUAAAACUGAUGCUUUAAUGUUUAACAGGACAAUGUUUUACUGAAAUAAACUUUCAUAAUGUAGAAAAUCUUUAGCUUAUUAAAUCAAACAGUGGUGGAAGUGAGUGCAGAGCAAAGCUGCAUUACCUCCAACAAGCAGAUAGGUGCUUGUUGGCUGUACCUGGAUCAGCUCUGGAUCUCUCCAAGUUAUUGAACUCACUUCCACUGGACCUACGAUCUGUGACACUGUUGGACCUGCCUGUGCAUGCUAUCUGUUUACCUUGUUUGAAUUCUUGUAUCUUACUCUGUGCUGUAAAGAGCUUUGUGACUUUUGUUCUUGUAAAGCGCUGUAUUAAUAAACCUUAAUUACAUUAAUGAGAGCAACCACAUCGACUCUACAGACACUGAAUGUAAUAUUUACCACCUCACUUGUUAGCAGAGAUAUUUUCUCUUUGUUCAGUGUGAGAAUAAAAGCUUUUUUCUAUUUGA